AUGGAGUCCAUUUACGUCUUUGAUCAGACCGGGAGAUCCUUGUUGAAUUUUUCAAGCCUGCCGGCCCCGUCGGUUGACGAGGUUGUAUCGCUGGUUUUGAAAAAGCCAACAGGAUCUCUUGUAGAGCUCACACCUUCGCAACUUGCGUUCCGACACCGCUACGGCACUCUAGAUUUUGUCGUUCCUUGCAGCACGUUGGUACAACCAAUGGCUGUGGAAGCCUUCGUCGAUCAGCUUAUAAGAUGUCUGGAGGCCUAUUUCGAUGGCAAACUCACUGCGCAGUUGAUAGAAUCUAAUGCAUCUACAAUCAUGCAGCUUUUGUAUGAGAUGGUGGAUGCGGGCCAACCACGCAUUACAGAGCCAGACAUUCUUAAAGGCCUGGUUCCAACAAAAAGCUUAUUAGACUCUCUUUGGUCUUCCUCUAGACAGACAGCGCCUGCUUGGAAUCUACGCUGGCGUAGACAGGGCAUCACACACACUAAGAACCAAAUCUUUAUUGAUCUAGUUGAGUCACUGCACGUUGUUGUUUCCAGUCAAACAAAGAAUAAACGCAAGCAACCAAAAGCAAUGACUGGAUCGGCAUAUUAUUCAACCACAGCAACGAUUUCGUCGCGUCCACUGGUCUGCCGCGUUCGCGGACAGGUCAAGAUAAACUGUUUAUUAACUGGCGACCCCCGGGUCAGUCUUCAGCUGGGCAGAGCGUCGGGCCCGAACGCUUUAUUCACAUCAAUUGCAUUUCAUUCUUCAGUGGACAGCACACAAUGGGAGUCGAGAGGAAACAUCAGUUUCACCCCUCCAGAUGGCCCCUCUAUGAUUGCCGAGUACUCUCUGGAUAUUUCGGACCCUGGACUAGUUAAUGCUGAGUUAUUGAGAAAUGUGGGCGCUGAUAGGAACGAGUUUGAGGUCCGGGUAUCUACAAGCAUGGAUACCACCGUUGAGCAUAUUCAGGGAUUGCAGGUGGUUGUAAAUUUCCCUCAGUCCACACGGAAUAUUAAAGAGCUGCGCCUGACGACAGGCGAUUUGGCUACAUCUACGCCUAAAAAAGCAUGCUGGUCUUUUGGGGCUAAAACUCCCGUUGGAUGGAACGCUACCUUCAGAGGCCAAGCUAGCAGCGAAGACGAGCCCGUGCAGCCGCUAUAUGCUACGGUCUCCUAUAGGGCCAUUGGCCGGGUCCCCAGCAAGUUGGCGAUUUCCGGGCUAUCUAUCCAAAAUCAGUUGUUCCAGGAACGCCCAUACAGAGGCGUUCGCUACCAGACUUUGGUUGAUAACUUUUCUAUCCGCUAG